GCUAGCAGGAAGAAAAAUCAACAGACUGCGAGAUUAUACUCCAGUGUCAUGGGAUAAAUAUUUUGAUACAUAUCGAGAUGUAAAAAUUUCUGAUGGCAGUACUUUUAGGGUAUAUCUGAAAGGCAGCUCUGGCCCACUUCUUCUGUUACUUCAUGGGGGAGGCUAUAGUGGACUUUCAUGGUCUUUAUUGACGGCAAAUAUUAGCCAGCUUGUAGAAUGUCAAGUAGCUGCACUGGAUUUUAGAGGGCAUGGAGAAACUCAUUCUGCAGAUGAUGAUGACCUUUCAGCUGAGAGGUUAUCCAGUGAUGUCGGGGAAGUAUUCAACACAUUAUACGGAGAUGAAGAGCAGCCUUCUGUUGUGCUGAUUGGACAUAGCAUGGGAGGAGCAAUUGCUGUCCAUGCAGUGUAUAGAAAUCUUAUUCCUACUGCCAUAGGAUUAGUUGUAAUUGAUGUCGUUGAAGGUACAGCAAUGGAUGCUUUGCAAAGCAUGCAAAGUUUCUUGAGAAGUCGUCCUCCCACAUUUGCAAAUCUACAAACAGCUAUUGAGUGGUGUGUCCGAAGUGGUCAAGUAAGAAAUGUAGAAUCUGCUAAAGUGUCAAUGCCUGGCCAGUUAAAGAAUUCUGUCACUGGGGAGACAGCAACUAAAGAGAUACAUCUUCACUCUUCAAAUGAUCAGGUAACUAUAGAUGUUCUUGCACCACGGCAAGCACCACCAUCUGAUAGCAUUUUGGAAGAAGCAGAGGAAGAUGAUGAUCAUAAGCCUCAUAGUUCUCCUGUUAAUUUGAACGAUGGAUUCAAAGUACCAACCACUGCUCCUUCUUUUCCUUCAAAAUAUGUUUGGAGAAUUGAAUUAUCAAAGACUGAAAAAUUUUGGACUGGUUGGUUUGAAGGGCUAUCAAAUAUGUUUUUAUCUACUUCUAUACCAAAACUGUUACUUUUGGCUGGUGUUGAUAGACUUGACAAAGAUUUGACUAUAGGCCAGAUGCAGGGUAAGUUCCAGAUGCAAGUUUUACCACAGUGUGGUCAUGCUGUUCAUGAAGAUGAUCCAGAUAAGGUUGCUGAAGCUAUUGCAACUUUUCUUGUGAGAAAUAAAUUUACUUCUGCCACCUGUGAUUUUCAAAGGCCAUAUUGUGCAUGUUGAUCUUCCGGAUUGUUGACAGGCAGUGAUUUACAAUAUUAUAGAUGCCUGAUAACUUAAAAUUGACUUGUGAUUCCUCAUACAGACUGGUUUUUAUGUGCAGUUUUUUUCAUGGUAUAUAUUUUCAUUCCCCCCCCCUUUUCCACCUCAUAUUGUAUAUCAAGAAGUUUAAUUUGGAGGGUUAGGUUAUAAUAUGUACUUUUGUGAUCAGGUAUUUGUUAAUAUGAAAAGUUUAUUUUUCAUAAAGGAAAAAAAAAAAUACAGUAAGAUCUUAAUUAUCCAUGAAGAUUAAUUUUAAUUAGUGUAUUAACUAAGACUUAUUUUACUUGUUCUGCAGAAGUGACAUACAAAAAAGCAUAUUUUUUAAUAAUAAGAUUUUCUUUGAAGUUAAAAAUAAAUAAUUGGAAUCAAAAUUGUUAACAUACAUUAAAAUUAAUUAACAUUUUUAGUUAAAAUUUCUGUCCCAUUUGAGAAAAAAUGUAUUUAAUGGUAAAAAAAUAAUUAGUGCUAUCAUGGAGUUUUCCUUGUAAUUAUAAAAAAGGAUGUAAAUAUAUUUAAGAAUGCAAAUGUUAAUUAAGUAUGCCAUAAUUUUCCUUAAUAUCUCCUUUUCUAGCCUUGUAAAUAUUCUCAGAUACCAAAACAUUUUACUGAGAGUAUUUCAUUCCUGUUAAAUUUCGGAUAAAUAGAGGUCUUGCUGUACUGAAAUUUUUGACUAGAUUUUGAAUUUUACAUAAGUGUAAAGUAUAUCUGAAUCAUUUCUAGAAUGUAAAGAAAUUAAAGCUAAAGAUUUCAGAUGUAUUGAAGAUGAAAUAUUUUUUAUUUAAAGCAAGAAAUGCAAUUUUUCAUAUUUUUUUGUUAAAAUGUUUGAAAGUGAUUUGUAUUAAUGUUCAUUCAUUUAUAUUGUUAAUUUUUCGGUACUUGCGCAUUAACUAAACACCUUGUUGCAAUUUGGCGAUUUUUUUUAGACACAAAAAGGUAAAAGUUACUUUUCAAGUGCAAGUUGAUGGUUUCCACGUCUUUGUUUUAGGAAGAUUCCCAAACUAUCAAGAUUUAUCAUAAGUCAGUAAAUGUUGUCAGCAUAUGAAAAGAAAACCAUAGUUUAACAGUUUAAAAUUCAAAUUUGAAUUAUCAAAUAAGUAUUAUGAAAUGCAUUAAAAAAGCAGAGACUCGGCUUCAUGCAAUCCUCGUCAACUGCGGCUAUCAGCGAAACAUAUUUCCUUGUUGUUCCUUUUAGAAAAUUUUCAGCAAAAUUCUGUAUUCUUGCCAACAUUUUACUGUCCACAAGCUCAUAUUUUAAACGUAAGUUUAAGACAAAAAAUAUCAUGAUUUGUUUAUACAGUACAAAGUCUUU